CUCUGGCAACUGCAGUCAGGAAGUGGGGAUGGGAUUACGCUCCGUUUAAACUCUUGGCCGGCCGUGGGCUGAGGGCCGGCCGGGACUGCUGUGGCCUGGGCGAGCGCGGAGCGUGGGGCGGCUUCUGGGGCAGUACAGGCGACCUCCGGCCGUGUGCUCCUGGAGCCCGCGUCGCCCCGCCUCUAAGAUAGGACCCGCCCCCGCCCUCGGUGCCUGGGACCCCGCGGGCGCUUCUGCCCGGCUGCCCAGCGCUCUGCGUCCGGUCUCCGACAGCGGGGGGAGCGGGUGUGCGGCUUCGGGGACAGUUCUGUCCCUGUCGUUUACUGCCCCCGCCAAGGUCUCCGCGGGCCUCUUCUGACUGACGUCGAGCAACCGGUUCUGAACAUGGAGAAGUUUGGCAUGAAUUUCGGGGGCGGACCGAGCAAGAAGGACCUGCUGGAGACCAUUGAGACGCAGAAGAAGCAGCUCCUGCAGUACCAGGCACGUCUCAAGGAUGUGGUCCGCGCCUAUAAAAGUCUGCUGAAAGAGAAGGAGGCUCUAGAGGCCAGUAUUAAGGUGCUGUCGGUAUCCCACGAGGCGGAUGUGGGCCUCACAGGUGUCCAGCCUCCAGGCCUCUCUUUCCCUGACUCUGCAGAUGACCGAUGCUCCACUCACAGCGAAGAUAGCACUGGGACAGCCACGAGCUUGGAUACUGCGGCCAGUCUCACCAGCACCAAGGGUGAGUUUGGGGUAGAGGAUGACAGGCUGGCUCGUGGCCCACCACCUCCAAAGUCCGAAGAAGCCAGCGGAUCAGAGAGUGGCGUUAGCAGUAGCAGUGGAGAUGGAGCAUCUGGGGGUGGAGAAGUGGACAAACGGCUGCACCAGCUGAAGACUCAGUUGGCUACUUUGACCAGCUCUUUGGCUACAGUCACCCAGGAGAAGUCUCGCAUGGAAGCUUCUUACCUGGCUGACAAGAAGAAGAUGAAACAGGACUUAGAGGAUACCAGUAAAAAGGCAGAGGAGGAGAGGGGCCGUCUGGAGGGAGAAUUGAAGGGGCUGCAGGAGCAGAUAGCAGAAACCAAAGCCCGACUUAUCACCCAGCAGCAUGAUCGGGCCCAAGAGCAGAGUGACCAUGCCGUGAUGCUUCGUGAGCUCCAGAAACUGCUGCAGGAGGAGAGGACUCAGCGCCAGGACUUGGAGCUUCGGCUGGAAGAGACCCGAGAGGUCCUGGCGGGGCGGGCAUAUGCAGCCGGUCAGAUGGAAGGGUUUGAACUGCAGACCAAGCAGCUGACCCGUGAGGUGGAGGACUUGAAAGGUGAGCUACAAGCUCUUCGAGAAGAGAAGAAUCGGCCAGACCCUCGGCUGCAGGAGCUUCAGGAAGAGGCCGCUUGCCUUAAGAGCCAUUUCCAGGCUCAGUUGCAGCAGGAAAUGAGAAAGACAGCCCUUGCAGAAGAUCAACUGCGGCAGCAAUCUGAGGUAGAAGAGCAGAGAGUGGCGGCCCUGGAGAAUCAAAUAUCUGAGGUGUCUGAACUACUGGGCACCUAUGAGAAAGCCAAGCAGAAGGACCAGCUGGCCAUCCAGAAGCUAAAGGAGCGCAUUCUGCAGCUGGAUCUGGAGAACAAGACACUGGCUCUGGCAGCCUCCAGCCGGUCCCCUCUAGACAGCCAUGGAGAAGAGUCCAGUCUGGAUGUCAAUGUCCUAAAGGAUAAGAUGGAGAAGCUGAAGAGGUUGCUGCAGGUGGCAGCCAGGAAAAGCCAGGUGACCCUGGAUGUGGAGAAGCUCUGUGACCUGGAGAUCAUGCCCAGCUCAGAGGCUGCUGACGGGGAGAAGGCUUCCGUGCUCUACUACCAACAGGAGCUGAAGCAGCUAAAGGAGGAGUUUGAGAGGUACAAGAUGAGGGCCCAGGUGGUCCUCAAGAGCAAGAACACCAAAGACGGUAAUCUGGCCAAGGAGCUGGAGGAGGCCCAGGAACAGCUUGCAGAACUGAAGGAGAAGUAUAUCUCAUUGCGGCUGUCCUGUGAGGAGCUCGAGCGCCAGCACCAGCAGGAGGCUGAGGACUGGAAGCAGGAGCUGGCCCGGCUGCAGCAUCUCCACCGGCAGGAGCUAGAGCGGAGCCAGCUGGACUUCAGGGACCGCACGCUGAAACUCGAAGAAGAGCUGCACAAGCAGCGGGAUCGGGCCCUGGCUGUGCUGGCUGAGAAGGACUUGGAGCUGGAGCAGCUGCGCUCUGCAGCCUUGUCCUCUGGGCUGCCAGGUCGCAGAAGCCCUGUGGGGGGCGGGGGGCCCGGAGAGCUUGCCGAUGUGUCUGCCCCAGAUAGCCUGACGCAGGCACUGCAGCUGGCUGCAGCCAACGAGCCCACGUUCUUCCUGUAUGCGGAGCAGCUGGCCCGCAAGGAGGUGGAGAUCACAUCACUGAGGAAGCAGAAACACAGGCUGGAGGUGGAGGUGCAUCAGCUGCAGGAUCGGCUGCUGGAGGAGGGGGAGCGGCACCGUGAGCGGGUCGGAGCCCUACAGAGCCACAUUGAGAAGAAUAUCAGGGACCAGAGCAGGGAGGGAGCCAACCUGGAGUACCUCAAAAACAUCAUCUACCGCUUCCUGACCCUGCCCGACACCCUGGGCCGCCGGCAGACGCUCACAGCCAUCCUGACCAUCUUGCAUUUCAGUCCGGAGGAGAAACAAGUGAUCAUGCGGCUUCCAACCGGUGGUAGCUGGUGGCCUUCUGGCAAGAGAUGAUACCCUUUUCACUAACUCCCGACAUUACUGUGCCUACUGUGGGAAGGGACAGACUCUGUUUCUACUGCCUCUUCUAUUACAUUAUCAAUUUUUUUCUUCACUGUGUCGAACUGGGAGAGUCUUUAAUGUGGGGUGGGAUUUUCUGCCAAACGCCAUUAAGGCCACAUUGUCCUUGGGCCCUAGAGAUACUGGAAAUGUCCCCAAGAUUUCCUCGGGUAGUGUGCUUGUGAGGGGGAGAGGGUGGCGAGAUGAAGACUAGGAGGUGCCAAAGUUGGGGAAGUGGUGGGAAUCUUUUAAAAUAAGACUUUCUGAUUUAGUAUUAUGCUCCUAGCCCAGAACCAGGAGUAAACGUGACUCCAAAGGGAGUUCAGUUAUUUCUAAACCCCCACAAGGACCAGCUGUUUACUCUCCAUCUCAUCAUAGUCUGAGUCUGGUCCACUGCUGCCCCAAUUUUCUGGGGACAUAAAUCCAGGCUGGAGAGAGGGACCAAGAAGUUUGAAAUAGUGACAGAUUGUCUGCUGUUGUCCACAGAUUCUUCCAUUCUGGAACUGGGAAGCUUGGUCUAGUUGGGGCUAGGUUAUGGCCUGGUCGGUCUGGACAAAACACACCACUGUGUCCAUCCUGUAGAAGGCCCUGAGCACCAUGUCUGUCUUAGGCAUUUCCUGAGUAACCUGCUUUUCGCCCUGGAUAGGGUUAUCGGAGGCCUCUUGCAUUUGACCCUGCCUUCACCUAUCUGCCUCAGGUUGGCCUGAGACUGUGAGUGAAUGAUUUUGCUAGCUUUCCUCUGUGUUGAAUUUCCAUUAAGAAAAAAAUCCUGGCUUCUUAUAGAGAGGGGUCCGAUUGGGAAACUGAUCCUGUCUGGAUACAGAGAAUUACCUCAGAGAUUUACAGCCUCCUCACCAUCGCCCCCGACCCUCAGCUGUUUCUGCGGCUUUGUAGGGACAAGGAAGAGGAGGAAGAUUUGCUGAUUGCAGAAGAUUGCUGUGACCCUCCCAAGAGAGUGGUGGAAGUUUAGGAGGAGCUGCGGCGCUCGCUGACCUGUGAAUAGCAUUCUGGCUAAAUCUCCAGUCCCUGCAAGCCAGGGUAUUCAUGGGUUGCUGUCACCAGGGUGUUUUUCCAACUCCUUUAGGGGGUAAUAGAGUUUCAGUACACAGUCCUCAUCUUCCCCACAUGUGUUACUACAAAUUUUCCUCCUUUCUGUUUUUCUUUUCUUUUUUUUUUUUUUUUUUUUUAAUGUUUGGUCUUGUGAAAGUAGCUUUGAUCUGUGCAUAAAGAAAGGGGACCUCAGGCAAUCUGGAAAGAAGGGACUCAAGAAAGUUGGGUUGAGACAGUAUCAGUUCCUCUAUUCUCUCCUUUCCCUCAUCUGCUCUUGCUGGCAUAGAGAUCUUUGGACCCUAAAGACCAGUGCUUUACCACUGACUGGACUAACAUGUAUCUUUCUGUUAUUUCACCAUAGAAACCUGAUUUGUGUAGGUUUGGGAUAGCAGAAGACUUUGCUUACAUGUUCUAAUUGGGAGGCUGGGUGGGUACCUUGGACUGUCUACAAACAGCAGACUUAAUGAAGCAGAUGUGAUGUGUUCAAAUGAUAACAGAUCAUGGAAUCAUUAAAUCUGAACAACCUGA